CUACCCCAGCCUCGCACACACGGCAAACAUUUUAAACGGCCCAGGUACAGCUCAACGCAGGUCUGCACAUUCAAGGAUCAACCGCGUUAUUUUACCUUUGUGAGCAGAGUUAGACUGUGGGACCGAGGGCAGACUCACAACCACUCUCACCUACAGUCAGAUCCAGAUGGGCCAUCACUGCCUUGUCCCAGAUUCGUUGCCCACAUGAAUACUUCAUCUGGCAGUCUACAGUUGCCAUGGAAUUUCACCAGGAGGCCCCGGACUCUCUACCCUGGAGCCAUGGACCCAGAGUCAUGCACUUCCACCAGAGAAAUCUGGAAGUCUGCAGCACAUUCCAAGCACCCAGCCAGAUGGUAUUGUCGCUUGCAGUUUAAACCCAGCUCAAAACCUCAGCCAAAAUCAUCCCCUCCAAGCGAAGUAUCAUCAGGAGAAGAUGAGGUAAAGCUGUGCGCUGGCCACAGGAAGACCCCACCUGGAACCAGUGAGCAGAACCCAGCUGAGGUGUCAGGUGCACACAGAGGGCACGCUAGCUCUGAGGAGUUCUGGAGUGAUGCAGAACUGGGGGAUCCAGGGAUGGAAGAGGUGGAUGUCCUGGGGGAAAGCUUCAGCCCCCUUCAAUCAAGAAUGGAAAACACUACAUCACAUGACAGUGGACAGGCCUUGAAUGUGAGCAGCCAGGGUUGUGGGUUCAGCCUUGACAGAGACAACAACGAGACAGACGCCUGGGACAGACAGCCGAGCUCAGGAACAGGCAGCAGCACCGACCUAUCCCAGCUCUGUUGCUCCUCAUUCUCCUGGAACAGUCGGACUUCUACAGGCUCCAAGAUGCAGGCAGGGAGCAGCGCCCAGCCUGACAGGACCCACCUCCGCAACGCCUCUCCGCUGGCGGUGAGCAGCCUCUACCAGAGCUCAGUGAACCUGGAUCAGAGUGCGUGUGGUAGGCACAGCACUAGUGACCCACUCCACAUGUCAUCCUGUGCCGCAAGAGAGUCCCCCGCGGAGAGAACUCUGUCAUUCGUGGAGAUCUGGCAUGACCGGCUUCUCAAACACUGGCCCGUUCUCCCUCCAAUCUCACCACAAACAGGAAGUUUGGAAGCUUGCUCGUAUGGGAGUGACAGUGGAGCGAUGCACAGCUACAGUGAGCUCAGUGCGUAUGAAGAGCUGGAUGAGAUUAUCCCAUGCACUGGGUCUUCCUUGUCUCAUCACAUUCUGGGCGAUACAGCUGAAGAGAUGUCGGAAUCAGAUCUGACCGGGAGAUCACCUGUUUCUCAGACACCCUCGACCUCGGCCGCUGAUAGGACACUGGCUGAGGCCAGGUUGGCACUGUUAGACCACCAGGGCUUCGAUCAAGGCCGUGAUAUCAACCUGCUUGAGGAGCUAUUGGCUCAGGCUACAAUAGCAGAGAGCAUGGAGUCAAUGGCCAGAGGGGAGAGAGAGGUGGAAGGUGGCAGGUCCAAGAUUAAUGGUUCACUGUCUCCUUGUCCACCUGACAAUUUGUCAGAACGGAAGCCAGCUCCCACUCAGAGGCCUAACAAGGAUGAUGUGGAUCUCGACUGUAACACGACGAACACCGAUUGGUCAUGCAAGGCUGCACCACUGAGCAGGGCGAUCCCAUCACCAGGAGGAACCAGACGCCAGUGUUCCACUCCUGUAAAGCCCGAACCCCGGACUACAGCUCUCCCUGAGAAGGUCAACUCAUCUGAAGUCACCCCCUCACCAAACGAGGAAGGGCAAGGCUCCCCUACACCACCAGUCGGAGAGGCCGUUGCAGUGGGGAGUGCAGGGUCAUCCAUGUGA